GGCUCCCAGCCCCCCGGCCCGGCCCCGCCGAGCUGUCCGCGCCCGGCGGGUGCUGAACGCCCGUGGGCGAGGGGGGGCGCCGGGGGCAGCCCCAUCCCCAUUCCCCCCCGCGCACGAAGUCGGCGGCCAUGGAAGAGGAGCUCAAGUGCCCGGUGUGCGGCUCGCUCUUCAGGGAGCCCAUCAUCCUGCCCUGCUCGCACAAUGUCUGCCUGCCCUGCGCCCGCACCAUCGCCGUGCAGACCCCGGAGAGCGAGCAGCACCUGCCGGCCCUGCUCCACCCGCGGGGCACCGCCGCUCCGGCCACGGCCCCGGGGCCGCCCGGGGGCUCCGCCGCUCCCCCGGACCCGGAGUGCGCGGCGGGCGGCGGCGGGGACCACGCGGACAAGCUGAGCCUGCACAGCGAGACCGACAGCGGCUACGGCUCCUACACCCCCAGCCUCAAGUCCCCCAACGGCGUGCGGGUGCUGCCGCUGGUGCCCGCGCCCCCCGGAGGGGCGGCCGGGGCGGCGGCUCCGCGGGGCGCCGGCCCCGGCCCCGCCGGCUCGUCCCUCACCUGCCCGCAGUGCCACCGGAGCGCCUCCCUGGAGCAGCGCGGCCUCCGCGGCUUCCAGCGCAACCGGCUGCUGGAGGCCAUCGUGCAGCGCUACCAGCAGGGCCGCGCCGCCGCCGCCAAGUGCCAGCUGUGCGACCGCAGCCCGGCCGAGCCGGCGGCGGUGCUGUGCGAGCAGUGCGAGGUGCUGUACUGCGCCGCCUGCCAGCUCCGCUGCCACCCGGCCCGCGGGCCCUUCGCCAAGCACCGCCUGGCGCCGCCGCCCGGCCACCCGGGCGCCCCCGGCGGCGACGGGAAGGGGGCGGGCGGCGGGCGAAAGCCGGCGACGUGCGCCGAGCACGACCUGGAGCACUACAGCAUGUACUGCGUGAGCUGCCGCAGCCCCGUCUGCUACCAGUGCCUGGAGGACGGCCGGCACGGCAAGCACGACGUCAAGGCCCUGGGCGCCAUGUGGAAGCAGCACAAGGCACAGCUGUCUCAGGCUUUAAAUGGUGUUUCAGAUAAAGCAAAGGAAGCUAAAGAAUUUUUGGUUCAGCUGAAAAAUUUAUUGCAGCAGAUACAGGAGAAUGGGUUGGAUUACGAAGCCUGUCUCGUUGCUCAAUGUGAUGCCUUGGUCGAUGCGUUAACACGACAAAAGGCCAAACUGCUCACAAAAGUUACCAAAGAACGUGAGCACAAACUAAAAGUUGUUUGGGACCAGAUAAAUCACUGUACGCUGAAGCUACGUCAGUCAACAGGGCUUAUGGAGUACUGCCUAGAAGUUAUCAAAGAAAAUGAUCCCUCUGGGUUUUUACAGAUUUCAGAUGCUUUAAUCAAACGUGUUCAGGUAUCCCAGGAACAGUGGGUCAAAGGAGCCUUGGAGCCAAAAGUGUCUGCUGAGUUUGACCUGACACUGGAUAGUGAACCUUUACUGGAGGCGAUUCACCAUCUGGAUUUUAUUCAGAUGAAAUGUAGGGUUCCUGUUACAGUGCCACCCGUCCCAUUACUGCAGCUGGAGAAGUGUUGCACCAGAAACAACAGUGUGACAUUGGCCUGGAGGAUGCCACCUUUGAGCCACAACCCGGUGGAGGGUUAUAUCUUGGAACUUGAUGAUGGAGAUGGUGGCCAAUUCCGAGAAGUAUAUGUUGGCAAGGAGACUCUCUGCACUAUCGAUGGCCUUCAUUUCAACAGCACCUAUAAUGCGAGAGUCAAAGCUUUUAACUCAUCAGGAGUUGGUCCUUACAGCAAGACAGUUAUUUUACAGACAUCAGAUGUGGCGUGGUUCACCUUCGACCCCUCCUCAGCUCACAGGGACAUAGUGCUGUCAAACGACAACCAGACCGCCACCUGCAGCAGUUACGAUGACCGGGUUGUUCUUGGCACAGCCGCCUUCUCCAAGGGCGUGCAUUACUGGGAGCUGCAUGUGGACCGGUACGACAACCAUCCCGAUCCAGCCUUUGGCAUCGCCAGGAUUAACGUCGUCAAGGACAUGAUGUUAGGCAAGGACGACAAGGCUUGGGCCAUGUACGUUGACAACAACCGCAGCUGGUUCAUGCACUGCAAUUCUCACACCAACCGGACUGAAGGAGGAGUCUCUAAAGGUGCCACCGUUGGUGUCCUCCUGGAUCUGAACAAGCACAACCUGACCUUCUAUAUAAAUGGGCAGCAGCAAGGGCCUCCAGCUUUUGAAAACAUUGAGGGUGUCUUCAUGCCUGCACUGAGCCUCAAUCGAAAUGUCCAGGUGACACUGCACACAGGACUGGAGGUGCCACAAUGUGUAAAGCAGCCAAAGUUGCCCAGCAACUAAUGAAGCUCCUGCCUGAGCCCCUGCUGGAUUCUGUAAGCUUUCUCAGUAUGAUUUGGCACCUUUUAGUAAGUCAGCAAAAAAGCAUUCUCUUCCCUACGUAAAAUGUUGUACACCAUGUUGCUCACUGAGUACUCCACUGGUUACAGCUCGCCCACUCCAUCUUUAAUUUAACAAGCCACAGCAAGCAUACCCACAGAACUGGCACGUGAUUACAAAUGGGUACCUGCACAUAGCUAUACUGCACUGCAUACAUGUGCACACAACACGCAUACACAUAUUUAUAAGGUGAAAAGUUAAAUGAGUGUAUUUUCUCUCCCAUGGCUGGAUUUGUACUCUAAAGAUACUAAGGAUGCUUGAAAAAAUGGGCAAGACUAGGACUGGGGAACAUUGGCUGUUGGAACAAUUCACCAGUUGGUGAACUGGAUUCCUUUGCCUCCUGAAAUCGUUAAUUCAAGACAGCGUGUGUUUUGGCAGCUGAAGUGGAGGCUGUGUGCUCAGUUAAAGAAUUCACGUGCAAGAUUCUUUUGUCUGUUACUUCCAGGGGCUCAAAUGACCUUAACUAUUCCUUCUGGCUCUAGACUACAGUAAGCUGUGACUCGUGUUCCCCUAGAAUGCAGUGGCAGAACGAGAAUAAGAUUGUUUUCCAAAUGCUGUCACAUAAUAGUUGUGCUCGUUUGAGCUUGCACCAUGAUACCUGCGCAAUUCAGAUAUGAAAGGUAGAGAGAAAAAUAUUCUUGAUACAUUUUCAUAUUUCUUAUUUAAGUGUGAUUGUGGGGACUAUCACACAGAGAAGAUCUGGUUGGUGGUUAUCAGCACAACUCUUGAAAAAUGAUGCAGGGUAGAUCCUUUUGAAUUUAACUGAUAAGAGAUUUAUUUAGAUAUGGUAUAUGCAAAGUAUUCCACACAGAAAUGCUGCUUUUCAGCCUUGAUCCUGUAAGUCCUGGGCAGUUGUAGUUCCAAUGUAGCUUUGAGGUCAAAAGCCUUAAUUUUCUAUUAGAUUAGGGUGAUGUAACUAAUGUCUUGACUUCCAUGAAACGUUUGAGCAAGAGAAAUUUAUAGGAUUAAUGCUAAAUCCAUUCUGAAGAUUUUUUUCUGGAUUGGGACAUAAAUACUUUGUCUGACUUGACCGUAUCCUGAAUCUCCCGUGAAAGUAAGAAGCCAUUUCAGAUGCUGUCCAUGACAACGUGAGUCUGACCAACGUGGAACUUCCCAUAACCACGGCACUACCACCUGCAUGCUGUUGUCAGAAAACAUAUUGGUUUGUGUGUUUCUUUUCCUCUAAAACAAGUUAACAUAUGCAGUGUGUGUGCAUAGCAGUAAUGCAUAAGAACAAGAUGCAGCAGACUGUGUGAGCCCAUGACAUCUCAGACUUCGUCAUUUGUCAUUUUGUCCAAUCCUACAUAAGUGCAGUGGUAUCAAACAAGAUACCACAAGCAUCAGCUCUUAUAUCCUAUAGAUGUACUAUGUCCUUUUCUUAAAUUCUGCUGCUUAUACAGAUUUUCCCCUCUAAGCAUAUGUAUAAGCACUUGCGUACUGUUGUCAGACAAGUAAUUAUGAAGCCUGAAAACAAAUACCCUAACCCAAAUCCAGCUAACUGCCUUGCAUUAAACCACAGCCGCAGGACCAACAGCCCAGGCUUCCCUUAGGGCAGCCUGGUGCAGGUGCACUUUCAGUCCCUGGCCUGAGCACAUCACUCAGGUAGUGCUGAGUGCUGGCAAGGCUGCACUGUGACAGAGCAGCAAGCGUCCUCACUGGUGGCAUCCCACCCUGCAGCCACUGCGGGGAGCGGAAGGCAACCCGGCAUGAAAUAGUCACGGGCUAUUUCACAGGUGAAAUGCAGCCUGCCACCACAGUGCCUGUAACCAGCUAAGCAUCUCGUAGCCCACCUCUCCUGCACAACAGCAAUGCACCUUCAGGGAUGUCAAGACUGAAAUAGGAAACAAAACCAACAACAGGAAAAAAAUAACUUAAGCUGUUAAGCAGGAAAGCAACUGUACUUUCUUCAAAGUCUGAAAUGGAUUGUAUUAGUAACCUUUUAAACAUUGGAAUAACUGUGCUACACUCAUCUUGAUUUCUUAAGGAAUAGCAGAGACCAACUGUGUUUUAAUUUUGGUUGUGUUUAAUGCCAUAUGAACUCGUGCAGGAUUUUCUAAUUUAGUGGGUCUGCUUUAACCUACCUCAGCUAGAAUGCUAUUGGACCCUGAAUUUCCUCUUGAGCAUGCUCAUCGUAAAAUUGUCUUCAGUGAACCUGAAAGCUGAGUAUUGCCAGUCAGAGCAGUGUGUGGGAAUACUGUACAUAAGUUGCACAUAGUUUUUUAUAUUGAGGCACAUCCCAUGAUAAUUUUAAUACAGAAGGCACUCCACUUUCACUUUUCUUAUUAAAAACAAACAGACGUUGUUUGUUUUGGGACUGAACCUUUGUCUUUACUCCCAGCUUCUGUGAAGGGAAUUCAAAUGAGUUUAGAUCUUUCCACUCUUCAACCGUUGCCAGAUGUUUAAAAUUAAUUCUGAAUGGGUUUUAGAAGCGUUGCAGUACUUGAGUUUGGUUUGCAUAGUUGCUUUGGUAUAGGUUCCUAGUGUUGUACCUUGGGGAGAAUGCAGUGAGUGGUGCAGGUUACUAAGUUUUAAUGGAAAUACGGAUGGUAGGGACCCGCAUCAGCUCUGUAGAGAAGCUCCUAGAAGCUCAUUGUUGUUCUAACACUCAUACAGGUAGGGUACAGACUAGCUACCAUUACAGUCUCUUUUUAACCUAGUGGAGAUGCAAAUAAAAUAAAAGGAAUACAUACAGUUAGAAGUAGGUAUCCUGCGUUAGUAAGACUAAUUUAGCCUAGGUCUAAACCUAAACUAAGUGGGUGUAUGUGUUGGUUGUGUACAAAUUCAGCAACUUGGAUUUGGCAUGGUCCAUAGCAAUAAACCAAGUUACCACAACAGAGUGUAGUCUCUUGACUUAGCUGGAUGCAUUUUGGUAGUUUAACAGAAAUAACGCUUAAGUAGAUAGAAUUAUGCUAGGAAACGAAUUAGUCCACACGUUAUAUUUAUGCAGAGCAUCCAAAUGGCAGCGGGAGCCAUGUGAACAUAGAGCAGAGCGGAAUUUGCUGUUUGCAGAACAGCGUCAGGUGGGGAGAAGCAGGGCACUUUCACCUCUUUGCUCAGGCGGGAGGUAGCUUGUUUCUCUGCAGGUAACUCUCCCAUCUGGUUGUAAACCCAGCAGUCUGCACGUUCUUCAUCUACAGCAUCUCUUUUGCCAGCUUUUAUUUCCUCCAAAUCCCUUCUCUGGGAGGGAGCCAGCAUUUUGUAGUGCGGUCCUUGCAGAAAUGGUGUUGCUGACUAUCCAGGAGGAACCCAGGGGACCAAAGGGUGACAUAGAUACCAAAGGGGACCGCUUUGGAUGUCUCUUGCUUCCUUUUGAUUCCUUGGGAUAUUUGUGCAGCUCUCUGGGGCUCCAAGCUCCUGCUCCUCCUAUAUCCCAGGCACCUGGACAAGCACAGAGCUGUUUUUUUUUGUGGGAUGCAUCUGUUCCUGGAGCACAGGCUCUUCCUUAUAAAUAGGAAAGCAGAGCCUUUUGCACUGGGAUGAAUUUCAUCCCCUGUGGUACGGAGUCCACAUAAGGCAGUUGUAAAUUGACUAAAUGUUUACAAAGAAGCAAGUCCUCCUCUAAUAAGCACAAUGAAACUUGAUUUCUGAAUAUGUCAAUUUGGAACAUCUGCACAGCUGCUAAAUAAAUAUUGUAGGCAAACUUUUUGUCCUGUAGAGCAACAAGGGACUCUUAGUUUUCACCUAUCCACACAAACCCAAACAUUAUCCUUUGUGAACCAUCGUCCUGUCCUGGCUCUUUCCUCUGCAAAUUUCCCUAUUAAGUUUAGUGGGACCAAACAGAAGAACUGUGCCAUCAGGGGCAUUGUCAGAUCUCCCAAUGCGUGCAGUGCUACACAAUUUCCUGAACCUGUGUUUCCCUCAUCAGCCCAGAAAGAGUUCUUGUGAAGAUCUCUUACUAAGAGCACAGGCCUAGCUGACAAUCUCUUACUACUUCUGAGGCUGAAAGAUGCGCACUAAAAUACGUGUCAGUAAGGACAGUAGGAUACUGUGAUGCAUCUUGAAUUUGGAAAGCAAUUUGACUUCUAAAACAUAGAAGACAGGCAAACAGCCCUGUCACCUCCCAUAUUUCCCAUACUGUUAAGACAUAUAAAGAAAAAUAUAUUGGACCGAAUUAAAAAAAAAAAAAACUUACAUAUAUCAGAAUUUAAGAGGAAAAGUAUCAAAUGUAAUUUAUUAUGUGCAUAGUGUUCCAUCAUGUUGUAAAUACACCAUUACAGUGUAUUGCUGUAGUUUGUUCUUGGCUGGUGAUCAGAGGUCUGUUGUAGUGCUGUAUGAAUUCUGUUUUUUAAUUUUCUUUUGAAAGUAUAAUUAGUAAAGAUGGCACAGAGCACCAAUACCCUAGUUUCCUGGUUGUUCUAGAGCAAGAAGAAAUGUGAUAUGCAGAUUUUUUUCUUUCUUACAUAUUAACAUUAAAAGAAGAAAGAGGAAGAGGGUCAAGGUUAAGCUGCCACUACCACCACGUGAAAAAUGCUAUGUUUGUGAUUGCCAACGAGGUGGUGCAUUUUGGACCACAAUUAAGAUGACCUGUUCCUGUGAGAAGGGAUGCAAAGUACAACAACCUGUUAACAGCAGCUUACUGGUACCAUCUAGUACAUCCUUUGUUCACAAAGAUGAGAAAAUAGAGUUGUUAGACCUAAUCUCAGGCUUUAUCAGCUUUGCAGCAUUCUGCUUAAAUAGCAGAGAAAAAAAUUAACCUUUGAAUCAGGUAAAAUAAUCUGAAAAAGCCAAACAUCUUGGCUAGCUCAACUCUGGAAGGGAGAUCACAAGUCCAUCAACAGGUUAUGGUAACAAAUCAAACACAUUGCAAACGUAAAGGGCACUUGUCACAGAAAACUAUCAAAGAUGGAGUGUCAUCUUACUAUUAUUAAUUUUUAUUAACUUUUUUUUUUAAGUGAGCUGCUUCUAGUUUUUAUUGACAACAUUUCUAGUCAUUCCUCUAUCCGGUAUUACUGAACACUGCACACACAAAUGGCUGGAGUGGCAGCUUGAAGCACAAAUCUGCCACAAAUAAGAUGCACUCAGUCUUCUUAUGUGUAGCAGCCCUUAUGCAAGCCACAAAAACUAGAUGGGUGGGGUUUCUGCAUCUUUGCACAAUACAGGAGACAGAUGUGUGUUGGCUGAGCUAGAUAUUCAGCAGCAUUUUCCCUUUCUGUUAAGUGACUUUCUGUUGCGUUUGUUAUUGGAAGCAAAUCCAAGCAGACCAGUACUAAAUUAUUUUUUUCUGCUGAUUGAAGGAUUUUUAAUAUUUUCUUGUAAGUCAGUAGAUCUAAGUAUUUAUGGAUCCAGAUCACAUUCUUUCAUCCCGAUGGCUGCUACCACCUUCCUUUAAUGUUGUCAGUAAAAACUAACCUUUGUAGGUAGCAUGGUGAGAAGACAUUAUGUGAUGAAUAUUGAAAUAAAUGCAUGAGGUAAAACUGCUGUUAUUUCUGAGUGUUAUAUGAAGCAUGAAUAACACUAAUUUAAAUGUUGGCAACCAAAAAAAGUGCAAAGGAAUAAGAUCAUGGUGUUCACUUCUGGCUAAGUGAAGGAUGAGACGUUUCUUCUGUUUUCUUCUUAACCACAGCAUUUUUUUCUUUAGCAUCAUUUCCCAUACCUUAUACGAAUUUGGACCUGGUGAAAUAUACAUCUCUUCUGCAUGUGUCUGUCACCAGAUCAAGAGGAAAAUAGAAACUUUUAUAAUUUUGUAUCUGUAGCAAAAGUUUGUAUUUUUUGAAUUGGAAACAAACUGCUUUUUGUCUUUUGGUCUAAAACUUUGUGUAUUAUUAUUACUCUUUUGGAAAAACCUGACAUAUGAGUUAAUGCCGUUUUACAGUUUCUAAAUAAAUUCUUAAAACAUUGCCAACAAAUUCAGCAUCAGUGGCUUUCUUAUUAUUAUUGAAAAGACUGUCACAGUGCACGCCCGGCUGUUGAUACCUGCUUUGUUACCAAUCAAUAACCCAGAGAAAAUCAAGAUCUCUUCUUCAAAGAAACCAUCCAUGUCUGAACUUAGCACAUAUGACGCAUCUCUGUCUCAGCACCACCUGAUUACCCCUGGCUCAUGUACUCUAUAGGGUACAGGGGAUGUUAUGUAGCUCUCACCCAUCUUAGAUGCUUUCCCAGAGACAGUUUCUGAGUCUCCAGAAAGUCCUGAUGGUGGAGGAAGUACGGCUUGAAAAUGAUGACAGCACCAGAAGGAUCUGAUUGGAAAGGCCAUCAUGUAAGUGUAAAAGUCAGACUGGGCAGGAAAGAGAAAGCUUUGUAAUACAGUUUAAAAUUACCUACCACACUGGUGCUGCACACCUUCAUCAGGCAGAUGCCUCAAGAAGGACUGAGCACUGCUACAGAGGUAGCACACUCAGACCCUCCAAAAAGGCACUCGUUUAAGCUACACAACCUCAAUGAGCACCUGUUAACAAAGAAAAAGAAAGCAUAGUGACAUGGUAAGAGCAAUGCUGGGGAAAGAAACAAAAGCCUGGCCACAACGAACAAUUGAGAGUAAGCACAGACGAGAGUGUGGAGACACCAUCCAUCAUGGUGGUAGGGUGCUUUUUAAGCAAGAGACAACUUUGCAUCGCUCUUUCAUUGUAAAGGCUCUGACUGAGAGGAAGGAUAAUGACAAUGGCUUCAGCAUAUGUGGAAACAGGAAUAACACUGAUUGUAUUCUUCCUAUCUGCUCUUUCUUAUGCCUUUUACUGUGACAAAGUUUUCUCCUUUUCUCCCUUGUUCUGCUAUCCGACCGCAGGUAACAGGGAAAAUUAGAUGGUCCUUGCUCUUCCUUGCCUGCAACAAAUCUGUUAUUUGGUCAAUACUGACUUUCACGCAUCAGUACAUGCCCCCAAAACAACUGUUUGCUGGUUGAACAUCCUAAAUAACAGAGCAUGUAAGUGUAACACAUUCUAGUCCAGAGAAACAUUAAGUGCAUAAAAGGUUCUCAACAGUUUAGUUAGCCAAAUGCCAGUCAUUAUCAUUUUUGUUAAUGUGUCCAGUAAAAAACUGGACCUAAAGCUAUCACUGUUUUACUGAGAACACGAUCCUGAAGGUAGGAUGGCCAACUUAAGUCACCUUGACAAGGUGAUAUUAAAAAGCAACGUAGCACCAUGUAACAGCAACUUUUUGUAAUGCAUCCACAGCACUGUGUGUUUGCAUGCUUACAUGUGUGAGGAAACAACAUUCUGAAUAAGCUUUUGCUUUUUUCUAAGGUUUAAUGUUCCACUGUCACCUUGGCAUUUCAAUUUUCAACUGUUUAUUUUAAGAACUGAAUUUCCUUCACCUCUUCUUUAACAGCACUUACAAAACCCGAGACCAGGACUGCAUUAAUUAGACAUUCCAUUCUGACCAAAGUUCACCCCUAAAAACCUUUCGGGAGCUGUGGAGGUGGAAAAUGAACCCUUUAAAUUAUCUAGGCUGAGUCAGGACACAAGCUCCCAAGUUAUAUUAUACCCAAAGCCAGAUAAACAGCACUUUAUCUAGAAGUGGGCACUGUACACUGUAAAACCAAGCUCAAGGAUCAACCAGAAAUUAAAAGAUACAGGCUGUUCUGUAACAUCCAAAGCCCAUCCUGCUGCCUCAGCAAGUCUUGAUGCUCUCUGUUCAAUCCUGCUUGGUGAUUACACCUUCACGUGAAAUUGUGAUUUGAUAUUUCUGCAGUGUGCAUAUUCAGUAACCAGAUGGGAUUAUUAAUUCCGGUUUGAAUUUGCAACCAAUACCGAAUAAGAAGAAAUCCAAUUAAGCAAUUAUGAAACGUGGUAACAGUGUUUAGCAAUCCAGCAAUCCAGUUCUGGAGCUGUGUGGGAAGGGUGUGCAGAAACACUCCCUUCCUCUUUUUAUCUUGCUCUAUUUUCCCUCUAGGCUUGCUCCUUCCCUCUUUUUAGUCCUCUCUGUGUUGGCACAGCAUUAUCUCCAAGACUUGAAAGUAAGGUGGAAGGUACGGGGGAAGAAGCGUGUGAGAAAGCAUCCCUUUCCGUGCUGUAGUUCUCCCUACCUCAGGAUAAUUUCUUAUCUUGGGAAGGGAGCAGCCUCUGGUGCUGCUGUUCUCAUGCUAGCUGUAAGCUGGCUUGGACCUCAUCACUUGAUGAGGUCAGAGCUCACCUUAUUCAGGCUCCCAGGAGGCAGCUAGGAAGCAUGCUUCCCAAACCCUCCUGGAUAAGCUGAAACUCAAUGAAUAACAAUUAAUUCCGUUUCCAAUGGAAACACAACCUUCAGAAACAAAAACCCACAACAACAAAACAAACCAAGCUAGAGAGGGCAAAACUGUUCUUUCAGACCGACCAAAUUGCUGAAAUCAAAAUAGCGCAAAAAAUUCAGUUUUGACAAAGAUUUCAUAGAAAAGACUUAUGAGGCACAGGAACACUGAUCAAAACAAACCUGAGAUAACCGUGAAUGAUCAGGAGCUACUGGGUGUCUAUGCCUCAUCUGGCAUUUGGCUCAGGUCUUGAAUCUUGUCUGGUUUUGUACACUGUCUUAAUCACUACGACCCCCGAAACCGCGAUCUGAAACAGUGACUAUCUGGAGUUUUCUGGAGAUAUUCAAGUUGAGUUUCUAACUCUUACCUGGGACAAAACUUCAGAAAAAGCGCAUUUUCAUUCUCAAGCAGGUAAUUUUGAAGCCUUAAAAGGCUUUGCUGGGCAGGAGAACUGUCUGUUGUGCAGCUCCUCUAUCCGCUAACAAUUCAGAUAAGCAGAAACAGACGUAUGCCUGGUAAGCGUUUAAACACGUAAGAACACCUCCUUCAGGUUCAGAGCAAGUAAGUUACUGCUUUUGCCAUAUUCCUUCCAGAUGAAAGCAAAGAGCU